CACUCUAAUUGCUGCAAAUUAAUGCACUAAACCAAACCCCUUGUCUGACUUACUCUGCACAUAAAACUGAACAUUCCCCCGGGCACUAAUGGCGGCCUUGGCAAACUCUUCUUCUUCGUCGUCACCUCCAUCUCCUGCUCGGCCGUACACCGGGAAAUGGGAGCACGACGUCUUCUUGUGUUUCAGAGGCGACACGCGGCUCAAUUUCAUGAGCCACCUCAGGGAAGCUCUCCGCGAGAAGCAAAUCAGAUUCUUCGUGGACACCAUGCUUACGGUUACGGAGGACAUCAACGAGCUCCUCUGCGUCCUCGGAAGAUCGGCGGUCUCCGUGGUCAUAUUCUCGGAGAAGUUCGCCGAUUCAACCUGGUGCCUGGACGAGGUGGACACCAUAGUUCGGAGCGUUGACCAAUUCGGACAUAGGGUGCUGCCAGUUUUCUACAGAGUGGAUUGGACCGCCGUGGCUGGGGACUCCGGCGCUUACGCUAAAACCAUCGCGGAACUCGUCGAUGAAGAUGCCACCGAAGAGCGGAAGCAGGAAUGGAAGGAUGCUUUGAAGGCUGUGGCUCAUAAGACUGGUCGUACCUCUGAGGCGAUUCCGGACGAUGCUGAAUUGGUUAAGCAGGUUGUGGAAGAUGUUUUGAGUACACUUGCAGCCAUGUCGUCUAGCAUCCAAUCCAACAAUUUGGUUGGCAUGGAUUCACGGGUUUUGGAGGUUGAGCGGCGAUUAGCAAUGAGUGAAGUGGAUACUAUCCGUAUCGUUGGGCUUCGGGGAAUGGGUGGUGUAGGGAAAACAACUUUAGCUAGAGCUUGCUAUGAAAAGCUAAGAUUCUCAGCAAAAGACACCAAGUUUCAUUUUGUUGAGAGGAUCGGUGAAAAUUGUGAUAAGCAAAAUGCUGUCGACGGAUUCGUGCAAGAACUCUAUUCGGCAUUGUUAUCUGAGAAUUAUAUCAGUCAUGGAGAUUUGAAUAUUGGAUAUCGAAGGGCACGUCUUUCCCGCUUGAGGGUGUUCAUUGUUCUGGAUGAUGUGCAUACUCCUUCUCAAUUGGAGCAGUUGCUUUUAAGAGAAGCAUUGCAUCUUACAAAACUCUUUGCUGCAGGCAGCAGAAUCAUCGUGACCUCUAGAAAUCAAAGGGUACUUGAAUAUGCAAAGGCGGAAAUACACAUUGUUGACCAUCUCAGUGAUGAUGAAUCUCUUCAACUUUUCAAACUACAUGCUUUCCGACCGGGCUCGGCUAUUGAUGAUCAAAUUGAUUUGUCACAUCAGGUUAUAUCAUACUGCAAUGGGAACCCAUUGGCCCUUAAAGUUUUAGGAGGUACAUUGCUACCAAAGGAUAGAAAGUAUUGGAGGAGUUUCUUGCAGAAAUUGAGUGAAAUUCAAGAACCAGAAAUUCAUCAUGUUCUUCGGAGAAGCUACGAUGAGUUGGGAGAUGAUGAUAAAAGAUUGUUUCUCGAUAUUGCUUGUUCCUUCUAUGGGAUUGUGAGAUCUUUAUUGAUAAAGUAUAUGGAAGCUAGUUAUACCUCUGCAUACAGUAGAGUAAUUGAUUUGAUAGAUAGGUCCUUGUUAAUCUCUGUUUUUGACCAGCUUCAAGGUGAGAUAGUUGUUGUGCAUCAGUUGUUGAGAGAAAUGGCUUGGAACAUCGUUAAUGAGGAAGAAAAUGUCGGAAAACGCAGCAGGCUGAAGAAUCCUGAUGAUAUUCACAACUUGUUGACAAUUUGGAAGGGAGAUAGGGCAACUCAAGGGAUCCAUUUGGACCUUUCGAAAGCUGAAAGGAUGCAUUUGAAAGCCAAUGCCUUUGAGGGGAUGGACUCUCUUAGAUGGCUUGAAUUUGCCUGGCCUAAAUGCUUUGGGCAUGGGCAUCGCAAAAUCCAACUAUCAGAUGAUAUCAUUAAUUCUCUUCCCAAUGAGUUAAGGGGUCUAUAUUGGGAUCAGUUCCCUUCAACUUCUCUACCAUCAGGAUUUUCUCCAAAAAAACUUGUCUACCUCGUUAUAAGCCAUAGUCCGAUUGAGAGAUGCUGGGAGCGAGAUCAGCCUAAGCUUGAGCAUCUGAUGUUGCUUGACCUCACUUACUGUGAGAAUCUAACUAUUGUCCCAAACCUGUUGAGGUCUUCACAUCUAGAGCACCUUCUUCUCCGGGGAUGCAAGACUCUGGUUGAGUUACCUGCAAGCAUUCAAUCUCUUGUCAAGUUGGUAAGGUUGGACGCUAGAGAUUGUCAAGAUCUCCAGCGUGUCCCAGCCAGACUCAACUCGAAGUUCCUCAAGCAACUUCUGUUGUCCAAUUGUCCCAAGGUAACACGCUGUCCAGAGGUUAAUUCAGGAGAGUUGCGAGUUCUGGAUUUAGAUGGAACGCCCAUCAAUUCCCUGCCGAAUGCAAUUUACAAGGUUAAGGCGGGUGGGGUGUUAAGUCUCUAUGGGCCCAACAUCACUAGUUUCCCUAAAAUUUCAACGAGCUUGGAGCUGCUCCGUCUGCGCAAUACUGCUAUAGAGGAGCUAGAGUUUGGUCAUCUUCAAGGUUCUGAUCUGCCAAGAUUUGAUCGACUGCAUUUGGUCCAGAACUCUCAGCUCAAGACUCUGCCGAAGGCCAUCUGGAAGAUGGUCUCUGUUGCACUUAUUGUUGAGGAUUGCCCUUUGAUCGACUGUUUGCCAGAAAUCUCAGAGCCUUUGCACUUGACUCGCCUUCGUAUUGCUGGUUGUGCAAGGAUCACCGAUGUUUCGUCUUGCAUUUCCAAUAUGAAAUCUUUGGACUCUCUUGUUUUUCCUGCCACGGGUAUUAAGUCCCUGCCUUCUAUUAUCCAGGAAUUGGACCAACUCUCUUAUCUCGAUCUGUCUUACUGCACUAGCCUUGAGUCCAUCCCGAACACCAUACAUAAACUUGCCAGGCUAUCCGAAUUGUCACUGGUGGGCUGUAAGAGCAUCUGUUCAUUACCAAAACUUCCGCCAAAUCUCAAUAUCUUAAAGGCAAAUAAUUGCGAUUCAUUGCAAGUUUUACCGAGGAACAUUGGGAAUCUGAGUUUUCAGCACUUGAGGUUUGAUGAUUGCCCGCACCUGGACCGGAGCUCACUUGACGAAAUUGUAGCAAAUUUCCCUGAUCAGGCUUUGUCUCAGCACUCUCAGGUUGGUUUCCACUACUCUGGGAUUGACAUUCCAGAAUGGUUUGAUCCACCCAACAUGGAGGGAGUGAACAAUUACGUGACAUUGGAGCUCCCCAUGGACUGUUCGGAACUAAAGGGAGUUGCAUUUGGCGUUGUGUAUUCACUGGAUCAAUCCUGUGGUUCCAUGUCUAUGUUAUGUGGCUGCUUCAUAGAAACUGAAAUGAUCACGUAUUGGAGAUCUUUCUCCUGGAAUUUUCACGUUCUUGACAGCUCCGAUCGUGUUUAUCUGUGGUCUGGUGACAGAUUUGGCAAUUCCAAGAAAGAUGAAGAGGAAGAGGAAGAAGCUUCUUGGUACCAGAAAUAUGCUGGGCUAACUGUCUCAUUUCGGUUUUUUGCUGAUGUAGGUGUGGGUCCUCUCCGUGAUGUCAAAAAAUGUGGCGCCUUUCUACUUUACUGACAGUGAUUCCUUUUGAUAAUUUCGGACCAUGCAGAAGAGAAUGUGGAAAGAAUCCGUGUCUAUGGUCAUGAUCUGUUUCUGGGCUACUGACACAUGUCAUGGUUUUACAGUCCACCUCAAGGCUGCUCUCUCCGACAGGAAAAUCAAAGCUGCCUUCAAUGCAAUGCUCCAGAAAGCAGACUGCAUCGACGAGCUCCUCCCCAUCCUACAAAGAUCUGCACUUUCGAUCGUGAUUUUCUCCGAGAACUUUGCGAGUUCACCCUGUUGCCUCGAUGAGGUGGCCACCAUUGCCCGAAGUAUGAAAGAUUUUGGACAUGUGGUGCUGCCGGUUUUCUGUAAUGUGGAUUGGUCUGACGUGGUGGAGGAUUCUGGCAUUUAUGCUGCUGCGGUUGAUGCUCUGGAUGCCACCGGAGAUCGCAAGACGAGAUGGAGGGAUGCUUUAAAGGAAGUCGCUGAUGUAGCUGGGUUUAUCGCCAAACAGAUGAAGUUCGACUCUGAAUUAAUUAAGGCGAUUGUGGAAAAUGUUAUGAAGAAGCUCAAUGACAUGCCACCGAACAUAUCAUAUGAAAACAUGGUCGGUAUGGAUUCUCGCGUUAAGGAGGUUGAGCAACUGUUAGCACUGAACACAUCAGAUGAUAUUCGCAUUAUUGGCCUUUGGGGAAUGGGCGGUCUAGGGAAAACAACUCUGGCAAGAAGGUGUUAUAAAAUUCUGAAAUUCUCAGCCAUGGAAGAACACAGAACACAUUUUGUUGAGAGAGUCGGUGCAAACUGGGAAAAUCAAUACGGGUUUGGGGACGUGGUACAAGAACUCUAUUCAAUUCUGUUGUCUGAGAAGGAUUUGAGCCGCGGAGAUUUAAAUAAUAUUCACAGAAGGACGCGCCUUUCUCGUUUGAGGGUGUUCCUUGUUCUUGAUGAUGUGCAAACUUCAUCGCAAUUAGAACAGCUACUAUUAGGAGAAGUGUUGGAUCUCACCAAACUCUUUGCUCCUGGAAGUAGAAUUAUCAUGACGACUAGAGAUCGAAGCGUGCUCAAGUAUGCAAUGGCAAAGAUAUAUCAUGUCGAAUGUUUGGACAGCGAUGAAUCUCUUAGACUAUUUGGCAUGUUUGCAUUCCGGGGAAAACCCCUUCCUUCUGAUGAGUGGAUGCAUUUGUUACAUUUGGCGGUGUCAUAUUGCAAAGGAAACCCUUUAGCCCUCAGAGUUCUUGGGGGAGCAUUGUUUUGUCAACAGAGGGAUUACUGGAGAGAUUUGUUGGGCGAAUUGGGACAGAUUCAAAAUCUGGAUGUCCAUCAUCUUCUUCAGAAAAGUUUUGAUAUGUUGGCAGCUGACGAGCAGAGAUUGUUCUUAGAUGUUGCUUGUUUCCACAGUGGGAUGCAAAGGUCUGCAUUGAUCAAAUACAUGGCAACUAGUUAUCCCUUAGUGCAUGAUAAAGUGAAUGCUUUAGUGUAUAAGUCGCUAUUGUGUGUUUCCAACAAGGAAGGAGAGAUGAUUGAGGUGCAUGAUCUGCUGAAGGAGAUGGCUUGGAGCAUUAUUAACGGGCAACUGAAGCUUGAAAAUCGCAGUCGGUUGGAGGAUCCUGACGAUGUACACAAGUUAUUGGCAAACCAGAGGGGGAAAGCUUGGAAGGUAUUUGGUUUGAACCUUUUCAAAGCUGUAGAGACAUAUUGGGAAGCUAAUGACUUGAAGGGAGAUAGAACAGUGGAAGGUAUAUCCUUGGACCUUUCCAAAGUCAAAGAGAUGGAGUUGAAAGGAAAUGCCUUUAAAGAGAUGAACCGUCUUAGAUUCCUGAAGUUCUGGAGGCCAAAAAGUUCCAGUGCCUUCCCAAUUCACAAGAAAAUCCUUCUACCACAUGGUGGCCUCAACUCACUUCCUGAUGGGUUAACGUGCUUGCACUGGGAUGGAUACCCUUCUACAUCUCUGCCAUCAACAUUUUCUCCAGAAAACCUUGUCAGACUUGUUAUUCGCCAUAGUCCAAUUGAAAAGUGCUGGGCGGGAGUUCAGCCAAACCUUGUGAAUCUGCUGCUGCUUGACCUCUCCUGCUGCAUAAAUCUAACUGCGAUCCCCGACUUAUCAAGGUCUUCGAAUCUCGAGGAACUCCUGCUCAAGGGAUGUAAAAGCCUAGUUGAAAUACCUUCUGAUGUUCAACUUCUUGACAAGUUAACAACGUUGGACAUCAGAGACUGCAUUAAUCUGGAGAGUCUCCCAGGAAAAUUUGACUCGAGCUUCCUCAAGCUUGUUGAGUUGUCCAAUUGUCCAAAGAUCUCCCAUUGUCCGGAGAUGAACUCAACAGAGUUGGACCUUCUGGAUUUAGACGGGACCCCCAUCAGAGAGCUACCAAGUGCAAUCCACAAGCUCAAACGAGGUGCCACCUUGCAUCUGUGUGGCAAAAACAUCUCUUCCUUCCCCAACAUUUCAGCAAGCCUCAUCAAGCUUCAUCUAUGCCGUACCGUGAUAGUAAAUAUCGAUUUCAAUGACGAUCGAGCUUCUUCUGAAUUGUUGCCAAGAUUUCGUCGGCUCGUGUUGGUUCGCAACUCUCAACUAAAAAAUCUACCAAGUUGUAUCUGGAAAAUGGUCUCCACUGAACUCAUCAUUCAGGGGAGCCCGUUGAUCGAAAGUUUGCCAGAAAUCUCGGACCCCGUGGAGGGAUUUACUCGGCUAGUCAUAGUCGGAGGCACAAGUUUAAAGAGUGUUCCAUCUAGCAUCAACAAUUUGAAAUCUUUAUUGAGCCUCAGUUUUAGUGGUACAGCUAUCAAGUCUCUGCCUUCAUGUAUCCAGGAACUGGAACAUCUCACAUUUUUGGAUUUGUCUUACUGCCAAGGCCUCCAGUCUGUUCCGAGUGACAUUCAUAAGCUUUCCAGCUUAGCUGCAUUGUUUCUGAGGGGGUGUUGGAGUAUUCGGUCUUUACCACAACUCCCUCUGAAGCUGGGGUUUCUAGAUGUAGGUGAUUGCACAUCGUUAGAAUCUCUGCCGAGCAACAUUUUGGAGCUAAUGAGUUGGUGUCGCUUGAUUGCUGAUCGUUGCCUGAAAUUGGAUCGGAAUUUGCUUGAUCGAGUCAUCACACAUUUGCCUGAGCAGGCUGCAAGGUCUCCACGUUCUGAGGCUAUAAUUAUAUAUUCGAGGAGUGAGCUUCCGGAAUCGUUUUGCUACAAUCACGUGUAUGGCAAGGAAGAAUGUUGCGUGACGAUGAAUCUACCUGCUGCAAACUUCAGUAAAGGACUAGUUAAGGGGAUUGCUUUUGGCAUUGUAUGUUCUUACUCAGGCGGGGGCUUCGUGGAUGCCCUUGCGACAUUGGAUUGCAGCAUCGUAUCUGAAACUACCCGUGGGUGGAUUGACGGAGGCACUAGCCAACGCACCACAGUCAGUUCUUGGAGGUUUCCUCUCGAAAUUCUGUUCGAAUGCAGCACGUCAGACCUUGUUUAUCUGAGGGCUGACAACAGGUUGCGAGGGACCAAAGAUGCAGAACAAGAAGUAGACGACGAUGAUGAUGAAGAAGAAGAAGAAGAAGAAGAAGAAGAUUGGUAUGCGAAAUAUGCUGGGCGGGAAGUUUCGUUCCGACUCUAUACUCAAUCUGCUGGAGAUGAAGCUUCCGUCGAGAAAUUCGAGAACAACUUCCGAGUCAGACGAUUCGGCAUCUCUUUAGUGUACUCCUGAUAACUUGCUGCGUAAGUUACUGCAUUUAUUCUGUGAACAUUUUUGCAUUCUUCUCUGCAUUUGAAUCAGAAUGUUGAAUAUAAAUGAAUACAUUUAUUAUGAAGUUUGUGAUUCCCGUCUCCUUAAAUCACUCAAAUUAGUUCACCCCAAAUUCUUAAUCACAUCGGCGAUGAACCGGUUCAAAGCGACCUCGGCCGACCCACCUUCCGCCAGCGCAUCCCUGCUCCGGUCGCUCAACUUCUUCACCUUCUCCCUCGCCUCGCUCCCUUCCGCCAUCAAACCCUUAAUCCCCUUCUCAAUCUCCUCGCUCCCCACCACAAUAACAUCCUCCUCCGCCAUUCCGAACUCCUUGCUGUACUCCAUCUUCACAUCCACCCCCAACCCCCACUCCACCACCAUCUGAAACGCGUUCAGCUGCUGCUCCCCGUCGAUCGGCCACGCCGCGAUCGGCACCCCGAACCACAGGCUCUCCAGAAUCGAGUUCCACCCGCAGUGCGACACGAACCCACCCACCGCCGGGUGGGCCAGAAUCGCGGCCUGCGGCGCCCACCCGAUGAUUUUCCCUACUCCGGCCGUCCUCUCCAGAAACCCUUCCGGCAGGAUCUCGGCCGGGUUCUCGUAGUCCAGGGGGAACGAGACCACGCCUCUCGGAGGUGGGCGGCGCAAGGACCAGAGGAACCUGAACCCGGAAUUUUCGAGGGCGGUGGCGAUUUCCUUCACUUGGGUUUCGUUGAAGCAACCGUUGCUUCCGAAGCAGAGGAAGAGAACAGAGGAAGGCGGUUGUUCGUUGAGCCAGGUCAAGAUCUCGCUGCCUCUUCCUUCUCCGGUAGCGUCUUCCCGCUUCAGCUCUAAAAUUGGUCCGACCGGGUAGACCGGAGGGGUUUCUCCCUUCGAUAGGUGCUCGAUUGUGGUGGUUUCCAGAUCUGGAAACGUGUUGAUUAAAAUUCCCUUUGCGUCUCGGUACCGUUUGACGAAAUCCAAAAAUCCGUCGCAGAGGAAUGGGUUGAGAACAGGACGAGGCAGGAUUUUGCCCGGAAUCGAGUUCUUGAAGCCCUCGAUGUUCCAAUUGGCUUCCGGGUUGUUGAAAUCGGUGACCGGUGUGUUGUGGUUGUCCCGGAGAUUCUGGAGAUGGAGGGUGAGAUUGAGGCAUCCGGCGCCGGAGGUGUAGAAGAUGUAGCUGGGGAGGCCGAAUUCGUCGGCGACGUCGAUGAAUGUGGUGCAGAACAUGUCGACGAGGAGCCCGGAGACGAGAGGGGAGGCCUGGACGAGCUUGGCGACGGCGUCGCGGACGUGGGAUUUGUAGGAGUCCAUGAAGAAUUUGACGACGUCUUUCACGGUGGGGUCGACGGCGGCGUCGUUGGGUGGGAGGUCGACGAACUUGACCCGGUCGGAGAGCGCGGCGGCGGCGAGUGAUUUGGUGUGGCUGGCGUAGUUGGCGUCGCCGUGGGGGAGGUGCAUGAUGAGGAUGGUGAUGGAGAGGUUGGGGUCUCUGGUGGCGAGCUGCCGGGCCAGUUCCGCCAGCGCCGUUAUGUGGCCCACCGCCGGCGAUGGUAUGAACACCAACUCCACUUUCUUCCAUCGGAUUUACCAAGGGAAAAAAAUACUAGUUAGUUUCUAAGUACUCUGCUGAUAGCUAAUUGUUAAGCUAAAUUCAAUAAGUGAAUCUAUGUGAAUAAUUAUUUUAUUGGAUUUGUGUGAAUAAUUGAUAGAAUUGUAUGAAUUACGAUGUAAAUAUGUGACAGCCUGUUUGAAUU